AUGCAGGACAGCAAGGGCGAGCACACGAGCGCUGUGGGCUGCGUGGUGAGUGUUGUCAAGAAGGGUGGUCCAUUCGCCCUCUACAAAGGGGUCGUCGCCCCGAUGAGUGGCGUUGGCGUCGUCUUCGCUCUUUACUUUCUCGCGUACGAUGCGACCGAAAAGUUCAUCCGCUGGGUUAAGGAUAUGGACUCGCACACGCCGCUGUCGAUGACAAGCGUGAUGAUUUGCGGUGGCAGCACCGGCGUGCUUGGGUCCCUUGUGUUGGGGCCCGCAGAGCUUCUGAAGAUCCGCCAGCAGACGGCGCUCAACUCAGGUGCGGACGGUUCACUUCGCGGUGUGAUAUCGCGGAUUUAUCACAAGGAGGGUUUGCGCGGCUUCUUCCGCGGCACCGGGGCGACAAUGCUGCGCGAUGUGCCUGGAAGCAUGGCGUGGUUUGGCGCCUACGAGUACACAAAGAUGGCCGUCUGUGCGGAUCCGAAGAAGCCGACCGUAUCGGAGGCGCUCUUCGCUGGCGGCAUGGGCGGGCUUGGCAUGUGGUCCUUUGCGAUCCCACUGGACGUCAUCAAGACACGCGUGCAGGCGAGUCACGAGGGCAUAAGCGCGACGGCGGCGAUUCGCGCCGUCUUCAAGGAGCGCGGCAUUAAGGGGUUUUAUCGUGGCAUUGCGCCAGCACUCCUGCGUGCCUUCCCUGCCAACGCCGCCUGCUUCGCCGCGAAGGAGUACACCAUGGGCACCCUGAAUCGCCUCACUGCCGUGUCAGCGGAGAAGCCGUAG